AUGGCCCCGACACUCAUCACCAAAAUCGACAUACCCGACCUCAUGUACUCUUCUCUUGAACUCGACUCAGGAUACUUUAAACCCAGAGAUCUCGCCGAAGCCGAUUCACCCAUAUCCAAAAGAAGCCUAUUCAUCCACAAUCCUCUAAUCCCACGAAACGACGAUGCAUCUCCAAUCCUCUCCCCGAUGGACACAUUUAAAAUGCUCACAGCAAGAGAUGAUUCGCCACACAAAGACCUUCACCCAGGCGAGGGCUCUGUUGAUCCCAAUGACAUUAACAUGAAGGGCAUUCAAGCCGUCUUCGCCUUGAUCGGUGUUGCUUUUGUUGUCGGAACGAUCUGGUUCUUCUUUUGGGCCAAGAACGGUGGAUUCCAAUUCCGUAAGGGAGACUGGGAUGAAUAUAAAUCUACUGUACUGCGUCGAAAGGGUCCAAAUGGCACGACUCUCAGUAACGCCACCAAGAGCACAAUCCUUGGUGGCGGUAGUGUGGUAGGCGAUGGCUAUUCUGACAAGGACGAUAUCACCAGAGAUGGGACCAUGACUGAGGCCAUGACCGAAACAAUGACUGAUAUUUCCUCCGAGGCACCCAUCAUCCAAGAAAAACGCUCUAGAAAACUGAAGAAGGAAACUGCAAAAGAACGAAAGGUCCGAGAAGCCGCCGAAGCCGCAUGGGAGGGUGGCCAUGACAAUGACGUCCGCGCCUACCGUCAUGAGAAAUCAGCUCGAGUGGGAGGUCUCAACAAGGAUUCGGAUGCACAGUACUAUGGCACCGACUAUACCGAGACCGACCGCACCGGCAGUGAAACCAACAGUAACAGCCACAGCAGCAAUCAACAAAGCUACGCUCCACCACCACCCCGUCAUUCUUCGCCCGAAAAACGCCAAAGCCGUCGAGACUUCUCAUUUGGCCAAGAAGAAGGCUUCAGCGUCAGAUCACCACCCACAGCCGCUGCACCACCCACCUCAUCAGCUCGACCACCUCGCUAUCAUUCACCCACCAAAAAUGCCAGUCCUCAACGACCGAUCCGCACUGUUCCUGGAUCGUUCCAUGAACCGUUGGACUUUGAUGUUCAAAGUCAGAACACCAAGAGCUACCAUCAUCCACUCCCGGGCCUGAGUGGUCAGAAUAAAGCAGGUGGCUAUCGUCGGGACAGACGGGAUAGUCUCGAUGAUUGA